CACAGGUGACUCCAGCCUGCAAUUCGAGAACUGCCAGUAUACUUACCAUCAGAACCGUUCUGAAGUCCGACAAGUGACUAUAGACCCUAUGGCAGCCCGCACCAGGCGGAAUAAAUUAUACCAACAACGCCAGAGGAAAGCUGCGCAAAGGGCACUCGGCACCUGCACACAGGGCACCUUCACACGGGGUCGGGAGCUUCCCAGACAGGAUGACACGCAGAAUGCUACACACAGCCUGAGCCACCAUCAGGAUUAUUUGACUUCACCACCUUUGGCACUGGACCUACGGAUGAGCAAGGUCGGAGGGGGCUGUACCAUACCCAUUAAGGGAAAAGGUUGA